UGCCAUCUUUCUGUUUCCAGCUGGAUUCAGGGAGACCUGCUCAUUAGCGACACCUCGAUCAUGGAAAUCGACUCACUUCUCGGCGCCUUCAGAGAUUUUGAGAAGAAAGGGAAAAAAGAAACAUGCCCUAUUUUGGAUCAGUUUUUGUGCCAUAUUGCCAAAACUGGAGAAACGAUGAUUCAGUGGUCCCAGUUUAAAAGCUACUUUCUCUUCAAACUGGAGAAAGUGAUGGAUGAUUUCAAAGCCUCAUCUCCAGAACAGCGUGGUCCUGCCAAUCCCAAUGUUGAAUAUAUUCCCUUUGAGGAGAUGAAGGAAAGGAUACUUAAAAUUGUGGAUGGCUACAGUGGGAUCCCUUUCACAAUCCAGCGGCUGUGCGAGCUACUCACCGAGCCGAAGAGAAACUACACAGGAACGGACAAGUUCCUCCGAGGCGUGGAAAAGAAUGUGAUGGUGGUCAGCUGUGUGUAUCCUACCUCAGAGAAGAAUGGAUCCACCUGUAUGAAUAGAAUGAAUGGAGUCAUGUUUCUGGGAAAUGCCUCUGCUUUUCCAGAUAGAAAUGUGAAUGGUCCAGGAACUCCCAGGCCUGUGAACAGACCAAAGCUCUCUUUGUCCAACAGUGUAGCUUCCAAUGGCCUCCCUGACAGCACAGAGAACAAGGAACAAGGUCUUGAGCUGACAGAAAGAACAGUCGACGAUCCCGUGCGACCGGACGCAGCGAGCUUGGGCAGGGCGCCGAAGAAAAGCAAGCAUCGUGGGGAGAAGGAAGAGGAGCCGGAGGAUGAGGAGGCGAGGCACGACGCCAAACGGCUUAAGUUCGACGAUGGCGAGGAGGAGACGCGGGACGAGGCCGGAAGUACAGGGCUGCCCUGUGUCUCGCCCGCCGGGAGCCCCUCGGAUUCGCCGCAACCAGUGCCGUGCGACAGCCCUGAGACGGAGGACACUCACACCGUCUGUUCUGACGAGCAGGAACCCUCCAGCACGCAGUCGGAGUCCGUAGAUGACGGGGGCAGCCAAUCGGAGAUGGAACAUUCUCCCGGUCCAGCCCAGAGUCAGGACAGCGCCUGUGAAUCGGAUCCAUCAGAGCAGCACAGCCAGCCGGUGGGGGAGGAGCCUACCGAAAAGCAGGAGGCUGAGGAGAAGCUUGACCCAGUAAGCAGUAGCAGCAGUGAGGAGGCAGCAUCCACCAUGGAGCCUGUGCAAGCCUCUCCCUGCAGUUCCACAGAGCCAACAGCAGAGGGCAGCAGCAGCGCAGGGAACAGUUCAGCCAGCCCAGAGACUGCAGAUGACACCAUGGAGCAAGAGUGAACACAGGGGUUUUUGCCACUGAAUUUUUACACUGCACCAUACCAGGCCCAAAGCACCCGUCCUGUAAAGAAACGAGAACCUUGUUACCUUACGCAAGAAGAGGGCAUUCUUGUGGCCACCCAGAGAACCCUGACCCUCUCAGGUCUCUACACGCCUCUUGUGACCCCUUCUUUGGUUGGCCACACUGCAUUUUGUGUAUUGGUUCUGGAUAACGUUUUUAACUACUUGAGGCUCGUUGAAUCUGAUGUGUUUCCUGAGGCUUUUGAAUUCCCUGACGAGCCUUCAGUCCAUGGCAGGUUUUGUAAUCUAAUCAUAUUUCUCACCUCCAUCAGUAACGUGUCCUACAAGUGUUGGGAUGCUACAUUUCAUUAAACGUCUCUGUAUGGAAAUGUGUGGCAAAGGUUUGUGUGUGCUUUUGUACAAGUAUACUUCCCAUUCCCCCCUCCCCCGCUCCGCCCGGACCAAGUUUAUGCGGUGAGGACAAUAGACUUUAACCUACAAACUAUGGAUUAAACAUUCCAUGGGCAUGCCUCUUAAAGCGAUACCAUGCGGGAUUAAACCGUGAAGUUCAGUUCACGGGUGCAUUCAUUGCAAACCAAAGAUAAACCGAAUGGAGGAUCAUGUAACCUGAGUUACUGAAAUCAGGCUUUUUUCAUAAUACUCAAGCAUUCUCACUUUUUAAAAAAUUAGCCAACAGACCAAUGACUUCCUUCUCAACAGUUUUCUAAAUUUGCUGUUUACUCGGACACCGUCCAGUUCAGAUCUCGUAUGGUAUCGCUUCAUCCAUACAGCCUCCGGCACUUGCUUAGUUGCCGACUCAGUUCGGAGCAUCUCCGUUCCCUUCUCACGGCAUUCACUGCUUUACAUGCUCUGGGACGGAGCCUCGGAAUUGCAUGUGUCUGCGUUUGGAGCGGGGUUAGGGUUAAGUGUGCUUUCACUGUCGACCUGUUGCCCUCUUGUGCAGUCUGUUCAGGCGCUGAUGAGUCUUGUAGAAUUCCUUGCGGAAAUUCGAGGAACAGCCGCUCUUUCCGUUCCCUCAUCGCUGUGCUCAGCUUGAGCUCUUGAGCGUCCUACAUGGGCUCAACAGACUGCUGUAAUGUGCACAGUAGCAGCAAAAAAGUUUCAUUUUUCACUUUUAUUAUUUUUUUUUUAUGUCGCUUUUUUAUGCUCCCAUCUGGUGGAGAUUUCAGUGUUUCAUGGUGCUGGUAAAUGGACUGCAGUGUCCUCGGCAUUAGAGAACCAUGCACAUGUUUAUCAGUGUAAGUCAUUUAAGAGUGACGGUCAUGUUAGCCUGUGUAUGUUUUUAACCACUAUUGUGCAGUCUUUUUUUUGGCUUUGUGAUGUUUGUUUAUUUUUUAACAUGUUUGUUUCCCCUUUGUUUCCUAGUAAAGGCCGUGCAUAUAAAUGUUCAAUAAUUCACUCAUUAACACAUCCCCUCUGUCUUUCUUCCUCUUCAGCAUCUGCGCUAACGUGUACAGCCCAUCAUCUUUCCACAACUCCUUUUUGAUAUUUAGAAUUUUUAAAUUUCAGUAAAGUAGAUUUUGUAGAUUGUAAUGAAGUGUUCACGGCUUUUGUGUAAAGUAAAAAAAAAAAAGUGAGCCGAAUGCCUAGGCUUUCAAUACAGUAUUCAUAAAAAGCAAUAAAUGUUAACACUUAAAAUGGUAUGCUUCAUUUGUGCCUGGCCAAGUGGUGGCCGUUAAGAAUGAAAUAAAUUUUGGAAUACUGUCACUUAAAACCGUGUUAGAUGUGACUCUCCUUUUAUUGUUAAUAUGCUGACCUUUUUUAAAAAUAAAAACAUUAGUUUGA